CUUUUCCACCUUUUGGUUUCUUCUUGACCACUCGCUGGCGUUGGGAGCUCUGCACUUGUUCAUUACCUGGAGGUGUUUUCCACCGCAAUCUGCUCUCAGCGCUCAAUCUGCAACCCUUCGAGACCUGGAAAGGGCCACUCUUUCAUUGCUGAAGGAUCUUUGCCAGUCCGAGUCGUCAUGACUACCGCCGUUGACCGCACAGAUAUUUCUCCUUCUUUCGAUCAUGGCCAGACCGAGCAAGCGGCCGGUUCCAACAGCGACGCCCCGGAGGAUAUAGAAGACAUGUGGAAGACCUGGGAACGCCGUGUGAUCAUCAGAAAACACAGCGUCGUAAAAAGCGAGCGGAGGACAGACAAGCUUCCACGUCUACCGAACGGCAGGAUUCUGUACCCUUGGUGGUCCCAAGAACGGUUGCGAAACGAAGCUGCCACGCUCCAAUUCAUCGCGUCAAACACGACGAUACCUGUGCCAGAUUGUUCGUUAUAUAGCAAGGAUGGACUGCUGCAUCUCGAGAUGACUCGUAUUACAAACGGGGUACUUCUCUUGGACGUGGAGCAGGGGUCGAGGGCAGCCGCCGUCCAAGCAGUCGAAGCGCAGAUGAACUCGGACAUUCUGCCUCAACUCCGUUCUCUCCGUCGAAGCUAUAUUGGGAGUGUAGACGCUACUCUUCCCGUUUUCCCACCAUCACGAAUCUAUGGUCGCGACCGACGAGCCUGGCCACGAAUAACGACGGAUGGCGACGAGUUCGUGCUCUGUCACAAUGAUCUGGCACCGCAGAACAUCAUUGUGGACCCCAACACGUUCCAAAUAGUUGGGAUCAUAGACUGGGAGUUCGCAGGGUAUUUCCCAGAGUCUUUUGAAUUGCCACUCUGGAGGGAGUUCGACUGGGUCGGCGGGAAGCGACUGUACGACGAGGCGAGGCCGCGGGAUCUCGGCUUUUUUCGACUUACGACAGAUGAUUUGCGAGACGACAGAGCUUCAUCGCCAUGACUGUGUUCUACCGCGAGCGUAAAGAUAGCAAGAGAGCGGUGUUUCAACGAGCAUGCAGCCAGGGCAAUGUAUUGAGACUUUAUC